CUUUCGCUCUCUCCUCUCUUCCUCUUCACACCGCAUUCGUAAACAAAGACAAUGAAAGCUCCAGUUGGACGGCAGAAAGGCCCCAAAGCGCCCAGAUUGUUUCUCGCCGUCGAGCCGAGCGCACGUACCAUCGAAAAAAACACAAUUACUAAUAGUAUAUAAUAGUGCAGUAUUGUGUAAAACACGCGCGUCUCUGCUGUCUCGCUCUGGCUCACACCUAUACACUCUCGCGUGCUUACAUCUACACUUGCAUACAUACCUUUGGGAGAGAGAUACGAAAAAAGGUGCAUGGAAAAUCGGAAAAUCGGAACUGAAAAAGUCUGAAUUUUGUUUAAUCUCAGUUAGCUUUACAUUCGGUUGUCAGUUUGAAAUGGAAAGUGUCGGCAUACAGUGUUCAGUUGGUGUAAACGUGUAGCAAGUAAGCCGAUAAAACACACCCACUAAUCCACGAAAAACGGGCAAAACGGAAACAUCUGGGCGCGCGAAAAAAUCGAUCCAGACGAUGUGAAAUUGGCCAAAAAUUUCUCGUACCUCCCAGUGCAAGCAACAAUUUUUGGCAAAAACAACAAUACUUCGAGCAUGAAAUAAAGAAACAAGAUACAGAUAAAGAUAGUGCUGGUACAACGGCCAGUUACGUUUGGAUAUAGUAAAAAUAAAAACAAAAGCGCGGCGCAACAACCCGAGAUUAGUCAUCCGUGCAGGAGAUACGCUUUACAUAGCGGCAGAUACUACGAGAUACAAGAUAUAAAAUACCAGAUACCAGAUACAAUAGGAAAACGGCAAUCUUGAAGCGGCUAAAAACUUGGAAGCGUUAAGACCUACAUAAGUGCAACAAAUUAUCAAGCGGUUGAUAAACCCGAAUCCAAAGGAACUUGAAAACCUGGAGGCCUACGUAAUUACAUACAAAUUACAGCAAAAAUAAGGCAACGCCUACGACACGCCAGUGAUUACAAUAACAACAAUACAAAAAAAAAAACAUUAUUUACCUAGCCAGCGUAACCUGUUGUUGUAGUUAUUGUUGUAUUGCAUUUGCUGCUCACCUCUCGCCAUCUAAAAUUGGGCAUUCACAAGCGGCUUAAAUACGUGGUUAACCAUCAGCCAUCAACCAUCGGCGGUAUUUUAUACACAUAUAGACGGAAUCUGCAAGUGGCACACCUGUGGCCACGGGUCAGUUGAACACCAGUUGGACGACCAGUUGGAGCAACAGCAAAAGCAACAGCAACAGCAUCACCAUCGCAACGGCCAUCACAAUUACAAUCACAAUCAAAAUCACAAUCACAGACAAUGUCGAGACUAACCGAGGAAAUGGUGAUUGCGCGGGCCAAGCAGUCCGAUCUGUCCCUGAUCAAAAAGUUAAAUUGCUGGGGCAGUGAUCUCAGCGAUGUGUCCAUCAUCAAACGAAUGCGUGGAGUGGAGGUUUUGGCUCUAAGUGUCAACAAGAUCAGCACACUAUCGCCUUUCGAGGAAUGCAACAAACUGCAGGAACUGUAUCUGCGCAAAAACAACAUCUCGGACAUCAACGAGAUCGCCUAUCUGCAGAACCUGCCGGCCCUCAGGUAUCUCUGGCUGGAGGAAAAUCCCUGUUGCGAUCGAGCUGGCGCCAACUAUCGGGCGGUCGUGUUACGCGCUUUGCCCAACCUGAAGAAACUUGACAAUGUGGAGGUCACACAGGAGGAGUUGGACGACGCCCUGCGUGGAGGAGGCGGUGGCGCCGCUCCGGAGGACGAGGUGUACGAGGAUGCCUACCAGCAGCAGCAGCAGCAGACGGCGCGUACAUCGCCGCAACAGAUGCCGCAGCAGCAACAGCAACAACACAACUACCCGCAACACUCGCCGCCGUCGCAGCAGCAGCAGCAGCAGCAGCAGCAACAGCAAUAUCACCACCAGCAACAUCAGCAACCGCAGCAGCAACAGUCGCAGCAGCAGCGCCGCAGCUCCAGUCCCAUGAAAGAGCCGCCGCAGUUGGCCAGUCCGCUGGUCAACAACAGCAGCGAAGGAAACAUCAGCCACAGUGCCAGCGAUCUCUACCACGUGCAGACGGCUCAGCCUUUAAAAGGUUCUCAGCCACCCACGCCCACCAAGGAACCCGUGCAUCCGCCAUCGCCCAUGUAUAACACCAUAACCAAAGAGCAGCGCACCUCCUACCACCAAUACGAUCGCUCGCCGGGAUCCGACCAGGAGAGUAGUCCGCAGACCUACAGGGAGGUGCGGCCCACGCCGCUCCCGCCCAGCAUUUCCGCGCACUCGAUGAAGGAAUACUACCAGUCGGACCGGCCCGCCUACCCGGCGCACUACCGCCACAGCCAGACGGACCUCACCGAGUGGGAGGAGCACCAGCAGGCGCCGCAGGUGCACCACAAUCCCUACGGCAGCCAGAUGCAGUUGCACCACCAGCAGCGGCGCAGCGCGGGACCGGAGACGACUGCCUACCGGAAUGGCAGUGCCCGGGAGAACGGCGGCGAAUGGGAUCCGGAGGACAGGCCCAGGUCGAGGCGACCCGAGGGUCGUUAUAGUGACUCGACCACGACGCUGUCGGCCUCCGUGAUGAAUCACUACUCGGGCUACCAUCGCAGACCCGUUAAUAGGAACUCGAAUCUGCUGUCCGCCACUCUUUGCUUGGUGAAGGAGUUGGAUUACGCCAGUCUGGAGGUGCUGGAACACGCUGUGCGAUGUCGCAUCGAUGAGAUGGCGGGCGAAUGAUGAAGACGGCUCUCUAAUCGCAUGUCGAUUAGCUAAUCCAACACACAAAUGACCAGAGAAAACACUUAAAAGACAAGCAGCCAAAGCUGCAGAUCAGAGGAGAUCUGAGGAGACAAGGAAAAAACUGAUAUUAUACUAACGUCUUAAGCAACAAACAAAAACAAAUCAGAUACUUAACGAGGAUAACGAUUCAUACUUGCCAAUUGUAAACUGUCAUAGUGUAACUAGCAACAUUUUGUAAGCAUUUUUGUCACGUAACGAACUUUGCUAACGGAAUCAAAAAAAGAAAAAGAAGCAGAAACGUAGGAGAUAAUCGCUGGAUGGAUGGAAGUUGAUUUAUUAACUAACGCUUAGAUUGAUUUCCGCCUAUUGAUCCCAGAUCCCGUUCAGUUGAUCCCCGAUCGAGCACAGGCCACAAAAAAAAAACUAGCCUUCUUUAGUACUUAACUCGCGAAGAUCGAAACUAACGAACUAAUGACGCCCAAGGCGCCAAGCACAAUGUAUCUUCCUUGUUUUUCUUUGUAAGAUUAGUUGAAAUUUACACCCAUGACUUUGUUAAAUAAUUGUACACGAAAGCAAUUAACGCUAAACCCUAAUUUUAAUACACUUACCUAUAAUGCAAUGAACACGUCCAGUUUAUGUUUGCCGUUCUCUAUUUAACGAUUACGUUGGAAACUACUAUGCGAAAAAUAAACAAAUUAACAGUA